AUGUCGUUGACCACAGGAUCGGCCACCCUCUUGUCCCCUCCCCCUCUUUCUGCGCCCCAUGCCCUUCAACCGAGGAAGCUACGGCGGAAGGCGUCGGUCCUGGACGGUACACAUGUUGUCGGCGCCGCCUCCAAAGCGAUGACCAGCAGUCUAGAGCACUUGAGCUCCGAGCUCCUGAGCUUGAUAUGCACACUCAAGUCCAUAACGUGGCGGUUCGAGGGCCAUGGUCUGCAGGACGACGCUGGUCAGUGGCUCCCCAGGGCUGUCCUCGACACGGAGCGAAUGCGACAGGACGGUACAGAGCUACGGAUCGAGGGGUUGCCGCUUCGACAGUUUGAUUGCGAGGCCUACAGAAGAGCCAUACCCAGCGACCUUCUCACAUCCCUCACCAUCGCCAGUCCAACACCGCCAUUGACUGCGCGUCUCGACGCAGUCAAACACCUCCUCGUACAUGCACCCCAUCUCCGAAUUUUCGAGUACCAGGAUCGAGGGCAGGGAACCCAGCUGGCGUUCGGGGUAGGGGAGCGCAUGCCCCCCCUGAGAGAGCUAUCGCUGCGGUCGUACGGGUGGAAUCAUACGCCGGAGCAGGUCCGAAGACACUGGGACUUUUCGCAGCUGCAGAGCCUGGUCCUCACAGCCGUGCCCUAUCACAACUUUCUGCAGUCCCUCGACUUUACGACUCUGGGGAGAUUACGCCACCUACACAUAGAGGACUGGAGCGCGCACCUGCCGGACAAGAGGCGGGAAGCGACACGACUGCUGUAUGGCUUGGUCAAACAUCACCUCCAAGACUUGCGAUCACUACGGAUCACAUGUCACGUCGGGCUAUUUCCCGUGGAUGCAUUGAUACGGCACGGUCACUCCUUGGAGGAUGUACGGUUCAGGGACCACGUUGGUUUCGCAGACGACAAACGCUCCUGUCCGACAAUGCGUGCCUCGGACUUGACCCAGAUCGCAGAGCGUCUCCCGUGCUUGCGGCGUCUGGAGAUGGACAUGGACAUUCAGGGACCCGAUUCACAGCGCUUUCUUGACGCGCUCUGUCUGUGCCCGCGGCUGGAGGAGGUCAUUCUUCACGUCCAGACGCUCAUCACACCCUGUGGCGAGUCGAUACCAACACACGAUGUGGACAGGUUCGCCAGCCAACGGAUACUCAACCGUCUUCUCAGCCGCCAAAGACCCUGGAAGAGCAUCACCAUCAACGUGGGCGGCUGGCGACGCGUCAUGGUGCGUCGUCUCGACCCGCUUUGGCGGGAGUACAACGACAUGGGCAUCUUUGCGGAGCGGUGCUUCGUUCUCAGUGCGAGAGAUGGGCGGUACGAGGUGCGAGAGGUACGAUGCAUAGAAGCGGGGAGCAGCAGAGCAACACCUGAUAUCGAGUAG